AUGGUACAUCUACAACGCGUCACAGCCCUCUGGGCCUCUUUUGCCGCUCUUUCGUGGCCGGUCGCUGCCAACCCGGUAAUCAACAACAAUGUUGAUGCUGCGCAGCUUGAUUUAAAGAGCGCCUCCGACCAGAAAAGCAACCUACCCGCCGUCUGGCCCCCUCCUCAACAGAUUUCCGCCUCGAGUGCUUCGACUGUGCGUCUCAACAGCCAUGUCACUAUUGUUACCGGCAACGCCACCGAUGCGCCUACAAUCUGGUUCUCGAUGACAAGGACAACCUGGAUGAAGUCAACCUUACCCGUCUUGGGCUGGUGGGCAGCAAGAGCAGGCUGGCUUAAGGCUGUCCAGGCCAUCGUCGCUGAUGCUGGCGGAAAAGCCACAGUCUCGAGCCAGGCCUCUGGCAAAGGCACGCAGAUUUACAUUGGUACCGUUACUCAGAACGAAGCCGCUGCCGCCGCGGCCAAGGCGCUCACUGGCGACUCGGCCGAGGGACUCACUGCUGAGGGCUACGUCCUGGGCUCUGGCACGUACAACGGCCAGCCUACUGUUGUUCUGAACGGUGUUGACAUCCGCGGCACCUUUUAUGCCGCACAAACUCUUCGCCAGCUUGUUAAUGACACGCCCAGUGUCCCGGGCGUCAAGGUCCGUGACUGGCCGCUGAUGCCCAUUCGCGGAUCAAUUGAAGGCUUCUACGGCAUUCCGUGGUCGCAUCAAGCCCGAAAGGACCAAUACGUGUUUUAUGGUCAGCACAAGAUGAACACGUACGUCUACACUCCAAAGGGCGAUCCUUAUCUACGUGCUACAUGGCGCGAGCUCUAUGGUGGAGAGGAUCUUGAUCAGCUCAAGGAUCUCAUUGAGACUGCCAAUGCGAAUCACGUUGACUUUACCUACGCACUCUCGCCGGGUUUGGAUCUCUGCUACACCUCCGACGCCGACUUCAACGCUACCGUCUCCAAGUUUGAGCAACUACGCAAGCUGGGUGUCUCCAGCUUCUACAUUGCGCUAGAUGAUAUUCCUCUCAAGUUCCACUGCGACUCGGACAAGAAGAAGUUUCCUGACAAUGGCGACUGGCACUGGAUCGCCGACGCUCAGACGUACUACCUCAACCGCGUACAAAAGGAAUACAUCAAGACUCACCACGGUCUGACUGACCUAGAGACUGUUCCCACAAACUAUGCGGGCAGUGCUCCCGACCCUUACAAGGGCGAGUUUGGAAAGCAGCUAGACAAAGAUAUCAGAGUGCAGUGGACUGGCGAGGGUGUCUUUUCCGACAAGAUUACUGUGGAGAGCGUCGUUCGUGCGGAUUCCACCUAUGUCACUGACAAGCUGUUCAUCUGGGACAACUUCCCCGUCAACGAUGGCAAGCCCUUCCGCUUGUUCUUGAACCCGCUGACUGGGCGCGCUCCCGAUCUAUAUAAGCACAUGAUUGGCUUCACCUCCAACCCCAUGGUUCAGUCAUAUGCUUCCAUGAUUGCCCUAGGCAAUUACGGUGACUACUCGUGGAACAGCCCUGCCUAUGAUGCCAAGAAAUCUUGGGCCGCUGUCGUCCAAGCGCUUGCCGGCAAGAAUGAGAGCGUUCACGCGGCCCUCGCUGCCUUUGUAGAUGUUAACCAAAACUGGCCUUACCGCAACAGCACCGAGAGCGCUCCUCAGCUCAGCAAGGACAUUGAUGAUUUCUGGGCCGCGCGAGAGUCUGACAAGAACCAGAGCAGCAGCGCUCUGGCGGAUCGCCUCAAGCUCAUUGCGAGCAUCCCUGACGUCCUGCCCGGCAUGGCCAUGAAGCCCUUUCCCACAGAGGUCGCUCCUUGGUCAACUGUGGCCAUGCAGUGGGCCAAGGCCAGCCAGCACAUGACUUUUAUGCUGGCUGCCAUUGAUGUUGGCGAUGAGAGCAAGGCCGACGAUGAGUACAAGGCGGCUCAAGGGUGGGUUGAAAGGACCAAGGCCAAGACUGUCGACAGUCUCAGCGACGCCGGCAAAGUUGUUCCCAACUCCAUUACCCCAACCACCGGCGAUGGAGUAUUUGACGCCUUCAUUGCCAACGCGACGGCUAUUUACAAGGGUCAGUAG